AUGGUUUUAAAUUCAAACCCGAUUGUAUACUGGUCGCAAAACUUAUCAAAAAUCACUCUGAAAGUCGAUUUAUCCGAUAUAAAAGAUCCUAAUAUUAGUUUAAGUGAAAGUCAUUUAGAUUUUUAUGUUAAAUCCAAGUCGAAUAGAUAUAGUUUUGAGUUGGUGUUUUACUCAGGGAUUGAUCCUCAAAAGUCUAAUUAUCAAAUUUUGCCAAAUACGAUUGAAUUUGUGCUGAAAAAGUCAAUAAACGAAUGGUGGCCCAGACUAACCUGUCAUCCACAAAAACCUGCUUGGUUAAAAGUCGACAUUGACAAUUGGCAUUCGCCAAACUUCCUAAUAAAAGAAAAACUAGACAUAAUGCAAGACUAUCCCGAAAUGUACAAAAAACUACACAAAGAAGAAUACGGAUACAUUAAAGAAGAUAUGAAAAAAGUAUACCUAGUCGUUUACAAUUUCCUCCAAUUCAUCGGAUUCUGUUACAUAUCACUAGUGAUGUUUGUAAGAUAUUGCAGAGACGGACCAGAAUCGAUGCCCGGUACUUAUUCGGCUGUCGGUGGGGCUUUCAGGUUUUGCCAGUUGUUACAGUUUUUGGAAGUUAUGCAUCCGUUGUUUGGGUAUACUAAAGGAGGCAUCAUGACGCCUAUGAUGCAGACUACUGGAAGGUUUUUCAUACUUUUUUGUAUGAUUGAAAGUGAACCCAGGAUGCAGACGAAGCCGGUUGUGUUUUAUCUGUUUUUUGCUUGGGCGCUGAUAGAAUUGAUAAGAUACCCCUACUACAUAUCACAACUGUACAAAAAAGACAUCGCCCUGUUGACCUGGUUGAGGUACACGAUCUGGAUACCCCUAUUUCCCUUAGGAGUCCUAUGCGAAGGUAUAAUAGUAUUAAGAUGCAUACCAUAUUUCGAAGAGACCAAAAAAUUCACAGUCUCAUUGCCAAACAGUUGGAAUUUCGCAUUCCAUCUUCCAUCGUUUUUAAGAAUCUAUUUGCUCUUUAUGAUAAUACCUGGAAUGUAUUUUGUAAUGUCGCAUUUGUACAGGGCUCGAGUGAACAAACUCGGGCCUAAGAGCUGGAGAAAAAGUCAACCAGCAUUUUAAUAAAGGGGAUAAUUGAAUUAAAAGAA